AUGAAAUUAGUUUGCAGCAGAACAAAUCCUCCCUUGGGUGGUAUUAUUACUGCCGAGUAUGUUAAAGUACAACUUAAAAAACCCUUGAACUUGUCGUGGGGAGAAGAGAGUAUGUUCGAAAAUGUUAAAUGCAGAACUGGAAACGAUGUGUCCAGAGCUAUUGCCAGAUCGUUGUGCCAGGAUUUGUAUGGCAGUGCAGCUCUUGAGUUGACAAAUGUAGAUCACUGGCUUACAUUUGCAAUUGGCUCAAUUAACUCCUCAGAAGGUUUUCAAAAGGGUUUAAACAUUUUGAAUGCUUCACUGGGACCAGUGACUUAUUUGGCCAAUGACAAGUUAUCUAUUGCUGACUUUGCUGUAUUUGCUACUCUACACUUUAACCCUAAAUGGCAGCAAAUGUUAAAGGAUAAAUCAGCCCCUACUAAUGUUCAAAGAUGGUACAUCUUUAUGUCAUCACAAAAUUUCAUUCAAAAUGUUCUUAAAUCUCUGCCUGAUGAUGUUAAAUCAACUUUGUCCGCCACUAACGAAAAAUCGUCAAAUGGGCCAAAAACAAGGGCCAAGGAAGGUAAAUUCGUUGAUUUGCCUGGUGCUGAGAUGGGGAAAGUGGUUGUUAGAUUCCCUCCAGAGGCUUCAGGUUAUUUGCAUAUUGGCCACGCCAAAGCAGCUCUACUCAAUCAGUAUUAUCAAGAAGCGUUUGAAGGCAAGCUUAUAAUGCGUUUUGACGACACAAAUCCGGCCAAGGAAGAUUUGCACUUUGAAAAAGUGAUUCUCGAGGAUGUGGAAAUGUUGGAAAUUAAGCCGGAUAUGUUCACGCACACCUCGCAAUAUUUUGAUUUGAUGUUGGAGUAUUGCGAAAAAAUGUUGAAGGAUGGCACUGCUUAUGUGGAUGACACUGAAGCUGAAUUAAUGAAAACUCAAAGAGAACAAAGGAUGGAAAGUGCUAACAGAAAUAAUUCUGUUGAAAAGAACCUCCAAAUGUGGGAAGAAAUGAAAAAAGGUUCAGCAAAGGGACAGCAAUGUUGCGUGAGAGCAAAAAUCGACAUGCAAUCCCACAACGGUUGUCUGAGGGACCCGACGAUUUACCGUUGCAAAAACGAACCUCAUCCGAAAACAGGCGACAAAUACAAAGUUUAUCCCACGUACGACUUCGCGUGUCCCAUAGUGGACUCGAUAGAGGGCGUGACGCACACCUUGCGUACCAUGGAGUACCACGACCGCGACCCGCAGUUCUAUUGGUUCAUCGACGUGCUGGGCCUCAGGAAACCGUACAUCUGGGAGUACAGUCGCUUGUCGAUGACCAACACCGUGCUUAGCAAGCGAAAAUUGACUUGGUUCGUCAACGAGGGACACGUAGACGGCUGGGACGACCCAAGAAUGCCCACAGUCAGGGGCGUUUUACGAAGAGGCAUGACCGUCGAGGGUCUCAAAGAGUUUAUCAUUGCUCAAGGCUCCAGUAGAUCCGUAGUCUUCAUGGAAUGGGACAAAAUUUGGGCUUUCAACAAGAAAGUCAUCGACCCCAUAGCCGCGCGAUAUAUGGCCGUCGAAUUCGAAGACCCCGUAACAGUUUUGGUAAAAGGCGCGAAAACGGAGUGCACCCAAGCCCUUAAGCACCCCAAAGACCCCACUUUCGGCAACAAAGACGUCUGGUUGUCACCCGAAGUUUUAAUCGACAGGGCCGAUGCCGAUCUCCUUAAAGAGGGCGAAAACACCACCUUUAUUUACUGGGGCAACUUAGUUAUCAAGAAAAUUAACAAGAAAAAUAACAAAAUAGUUAAUGUGGAAGCUGAGCCCAACUUGGAAAACAAAGACUACAAGAAAACUUUGAAACUGACUUGGUUGGCCAAGACACCUAAGGUCGAAUUCACACCAACGCAAUGUGUAUACUUUGAACACAUUAUCAGUAAACCAUUGCUUGGAAAGGAUGAGGACUUUAAAGAUUACAUAGGGCAUCAAACGAGGAGAGAGGUUCAAAUGUUGGGAGACCCAGGAUUGAAGAACCUGAAGAAAGGCGACGUCAUUCAGCUGCAAAGAAAAGGUUUCUUCAAAGUCGAUGUGGCCUAUGAACUGGCAAACUUGAGCAUUUGCAAGGAACAACCCAUAAUUUUGUUCUAUAUUCCCGAUGGAACCAAGGACAAAACUGCCGAUACCAAGGUUGAAGCUAAAGCUAAGUCGCCCGCUAAAGCUGCAGCUGCACCAAAGGGAGGAGAGACUAAGACUCAAGCUGGAGGUGCAGAUUUAGGUGCUAAAGUUACUGCACAAGGAGAGAAGGUGCGCAAAUUAAAAGCCGAAAAGGCAGACAAAGCAGCGGUGACCGCCGAAGUCCAAGUUCUUCUGGCCCUUAAGGCCGAAUUUAAACAGGCCAACGGAAGAGAUUGGACACCGGCAGAUACAGGUGCACCAACCCAACCAACUCCAGCACCCCAAAACACCGACUUGAACGCUAAAAUUGCCGCGCAAGGAGAACUAGUGCGGAAAUUGAAGGCCGAGAAAGCCGACAAAGCCGCCGUCACUGCCGAGGUGCAAGUUUUGUUGGCCUUAAAGGGCGAAUAUAAACAGGCUACCGGUAAAGAUUGGACUCCCGGCGCCACUCCAGCUCCAGCUGCAGCUGCAGCCCCCCAAGCAAAAAAUGGUCCGUCAGAUUUAGGCGCAAAAAUAACUGCCCAAGGCGAUAAGGUUCGCAAAUUAAAAGGCGAAAAAGCCGACAAAGCAGCGGUAACCGCUGAAGUUCAAGCACUGUUGGCACUCAAAGCAGAAUUUAAAAAAGCUAACGGCAGAGAUUGGACUCCUGCUGAUACCGGCGCUCCUGCUGCAACUACGGCCGCAUCUGUCCCCGCAAAAUCCGCAGGAAUGGAAGGGGAACUCCUCGAAAAAAUUGCCGCCUUGGGCGACAAAAUCCGCAAGCUCAAAGCAGAAAAAGCUUCAAAGGAAGUCGUGAUGGCCGAAGUGAACGUGCUCAAAAACCUUAAGGAUGAAUAUAAGAAAGCGACCGGGAAAGAAUGGACACCGCAGGCCGCUCCGGUAGCAGUAGCCAAACCGGCUGCGCAGACCGCGAACGGCGCAGGUGACAGUGCGCAUGCCGCCUUGACCGCCAAAAUUACCGAACAAGGCAACUUGGUGCGCACUCUUAAAUCGUCCAAUGGAAGCAAGGCUGACGUUGAGGCCGCAGUAAAAUCCCUGUUGGACCUUAAAGCCGAAUACAAAAAAGCGACGGGCACCGAUUUCCCGGUAGCCGGCAGAACCCCAUCGAAACCGAAGGAAGCGAAGCCGGCGCAGCAAGCCAAGGAAAAAAAGCCGAAACCGGCGGCGGAAAAACCCGAAGCCGAAGGCGCCGUCAAAAAGCAAACGCGCCUCGGCCUCGAGGCGAAGAAGAGCGACAACCUGCCCGAAUGGUACACGCAAGUGAUAACGAAAGGCGAGAUGAUCGAGUAUUACGACGUGUCCGGGUGCUACAUCCUGCGGCCGUGGUCGUUUGCCGUCUGGGAGUCGAUAAAGGAGUGGCUCGAUGCCGAGGUGAAGAAGCUGGGCGUGCAGAACUGCUACUUUCCCAUGUUCGUGUCGAAGGCGGCGCUGGAGAAGGAGAAGGACCACAUCGCGGACUUCUCGCCCGAGGUCGCCUGGGUGACCAAGUCGGGCGACUCGGACAUGGCCGAGCCGAUCGCCGUUCGGCCCACCUCGGAGACGGUCAUGUACCCGUCGUACGCGAAGUGGAUACAGAGCUACAGGGAUCUGCCCGUCAGGCUGAAUCAGUGGAACAACGUUGUGAGGUGGGAGUUCAAACAUCCGCAGCCGUUCUUGAGGACUAGGGAGUUCUUGUGGCAAGAGGGACACACUGCUUUUGCCAACAAACAGGAGGCAGUCGAAGAAGUUGCGACUAUUUUAGAUUUGUACGCCAAAAUAUACACGGAUCUUCUGGCCAUUCCCGUCGUUAAAGGCAGAAAAACCGAAAAGGAAAAGUUCGCGGGCGGGGACUACACCCUGACAGCCGAGGCGUACAUUUCCGCGAGCGGCAGGGCCAUUCAGGGCGCCACCUCGCACCACCUGGGCCAAAAUUUCUCCAAGAUGUUCGAGAUCGUGUUCGAAGAUCCCGAGACGCAGGAAAAGAAGUACGUCUACCAGAACUCCUGGGGAAUCACCACCAGGACCAUCGGCGUCAUGAUCAUGGUCCACGCCGACGACCAAGGUUUGGUGUUGCCUCCCAGAGUGGCAAGCGUCCAAAUAGUGAUUGUUCCUUGCGGCAUAACGGCCACUUUAUCGCCCGAAGGAAGAAAAACCCUUCAAAAAUCCUGCGACGACCUUGAAGCGAAUCUAAAAAAAAUUGGCGUCAAAGUCAAGGGGGAUUACAGGGACAACUAUUCACCUGGCUGGAAAUUCAACCACUGGGAGCUGAAGGGUGUUCCAAUCAGAGUUGAACUUGGACCUAAGGAUAUCGAGAAAAAACAACUUGUUGCCGUCAGAAGAGAUACGGGGGAAAAAAUUACAAUCAAUCGUGAAAAUGCUGUCGAGCAAUUGGCCUCUCUAUUGGAACAAAUACAUAAAGAUAUGUAUCAAAAAGCUUGCAACGAAUUGGAUGCUCACAAAAUUGUUCUAACUGAAUGGUCCAAAUUCACCGCUUUAUUGGAUCAAAAGAAUUUGCUUUUGGUACCGUUUUGCGGAGACAAAGACUGCGAGGAAAAAAUUAAAGCCGACAGUGCAAGGGAUGAUGAUGCUGAUUCAGCUGCCCCUUCAAUGGGUGCAAAAUCGCUGUGUAUUCCUUUGGAACAACCAACAGCAAUCAAACCAACCGACAAAUGUAUCCACCCAGCUUGCACAAGAAAACCAAAAGCCUACACUUUGUUUGGAAGAAGUUACUAA